AUUGUUUUCUUUCUGUUAUUGUGAUUCAUUUUCAUCAUGGCUCAACUAUCGGAUGAAAAGAAGUCUCUUGAUGAUUUUAAGAUGUGGAAAGUUCCAGAAUUAAAAGAAUUUUUACGAAGACGAGGAUUAAAAACUACUGGCAAGAAAGAAGAACUGACUGCCCUCGCAUUUGGUGCCGAACAGUGUUCAGUUCCUUUGAAACUGACUGAAAAGGAGGAGAUGUUGGCUAAGGCARAUCAGUACAAGAGUAUUUUGAAUGUUAACGGUCAGCAACUACCCGAUCCUUUUGUUGAUAUCGAAGAAAAUAAAUGGCUUGGCGAGCAAACAGGAAUGAAAAAAUGGCCACCGAUCUUUCAAUUUCAGAUCGCUGAGUUCAUACUCACCAUUKACCAGGGAAAAGAUCUAGGAAAACGACUUCUUAGCGACUACAAAGAGGGAAAGGCGUACAGCUAUUUUGAUUCCAAAUGGCUUGGGGAGGUAUUUUAUCAUGACAUUUCCUCGACUCAACAAUUUUGCUUCUUGAAAUCUGAAUCAAAACCAUCACAGAAAAUAAACAAUGUUUGUCAUAAAAUGUGGGUAUGUGCGAACAAAAAUAAUGGCUYAGUUGAGAGUGCAUACUGUACAUGCUUCGCAGGCUUAGGAUCUACAUGCAAUCACAUAGCAGCUGUUCUCUUCAAAGUAGAGCAUGCCUGGAAAAAUGGUUUAACAUUAGAAGUUUCUCCCACGUCAAAACUAUGUAUGUGGAAUAACUAUGGCAAACGAAAAGCUGUUGAACCCAAACGAAUAAAUGAAAUGAACUGGAAAAAACCUCACUACAAUAAAAAGGGAACAAYUACUCAAAUAAACCAUACCUCAAGGCAGUUAUUUUCAGUAACAAAAUCACCUGUUUCUCAUGAAGAAGAAGAACCAUGUUUACGUGACUUAGUAAAUGUGUUUUAUGGCAGUAUCCCAGAUGCCAGUGUUUUUUGGUAUACUGAUAUUACUGGAACAGGAGCUCUAAAAGUUGAAGACGAUGCUAAUGUGGAUGUAACCAUUGAAGUGGAAGCUACUCAWAUACCUCCUACUAUUCAAGAACUCUGUUCUCAAGUUACUAAUGUAGAUGAUUUAAUGCAAAAUUUGCCUAAACUUUCUACUGAAGAAGUGCAGAUGCUUGAGGAACACACARGGGGUCAGAGCAAUAACACUAGCUGGAAGUCUCAUAGAAUUGGACGAAUUACUGGAUCAACAAUUCACAGAGUUAAGACUAAGGUACAAUCAUUGCACAGAAAUCAAGACUCUACAACUUUUCCAUUAGUUAAACAGUUAACAUCUGAAUCACCGUCUGAUGAAUCAUGUAUCCCUGCGAUACGAUAUGGCAGGGAAAUGGAGGAAGAAGCUUGCAACAUGUACAUCAAACAAUUACAUCGCUUAAAUCACAAAAACAUUGAUGUUAGUUCUUGUGGAUUAUUUGUUUCUCGAAGUAAGUUCUUUAUUGGUGCUAGUCCUGAUAGACUAGUAAAAUGUAGCUGCUGUGGUAUGGGUCUACUAGAAGUGAAAUGUCCUUUUAGUAUUGCUAAUCAGGCCCCAACUGAAGAAAACCUGCCUUACUUACAAARGAAKGUUGAGAAGGAAAUUAAACUUAAASAGAACCAUCCAUAUUUCAGCCAAGURCAAUCACAAAUGGGCAUUACUGGGUGCACUUGGUGUGAUUUUUUUGUAUAUACUAGACAUGGUUUCUACUUARAAAGAAUCAACUUUGAUCCUAACCUGUGGCAGGAACUUACUGAGGCAGCUGAAUACUUUUUUGUAAAUCAUAUGGCUCCUAUGCUACUUACUCAAUGUAAGAUGUAGCUCUAAUUAAUUUUUUUAUGAUUUUAAACGACAAGCCAUUUCUAGAAGAAAUACUUGCUCUCCUGUUUGAUUAGCAUAUUGAAACAAAUGGAUUAAAAAAUUCAGCUAUGCCUGUUUUUUAAUUCACUUCUGGGAGUUAAAACAUAAAUGCAAAUGUUUGAACUAUACAUAACUUGAUAUUUUCUGAAAAAUGAAUACAAAUACAUGCAUUUUUUUAACUUACAAUGACAGUUUGAUUUUUGAG